CAGGAACUUAGCUGUGGCACAUGGAUGAUGACCGCGGAGAGAGACUCGUAUAAAAGCAAGGGCAGCUCGCUGUAGAUCAACUGCGUCCGUGGAUGAAGCGUAUCAACACAAUGGCUCCUAUCACGCGCCUGAUCGCCCUUGCGGCUUCUCUUGCCGUCUCUUCUGCGACCACCGUUGCUGAGAUCAACGGCAACAAGUACCUGUCGCCCUUCAAGGAUCAGACUGUGUCGAAUGUGACCGGUGUCAUCACUGCGAAGGGUCCUGAUGGUCUCUGGAUUCGUUCGACAACGCCUGAUCGUGACGAGCGCACUUCGGACUCGGUCUACGUCUUUGGGCGUACGUUCGGCGCCAACUUGACUGUUGGCGAUGCCAUUACCAUCGGUGGCAAGGUGCUCGAAUACCGCAGCAACAAGGACUACAUCUAUCUGACGGAGAUCUCAAACCCGGUCCUGGAAAAGGUUGUCAGCAAGGGCAACAAAGUGACACCUUUGGUCAUUGGCAAAGACACUGGCAACCCGCCCACAGAGCAGUACAGCAGCUUGGACGGUGGGGACGUCUUCGCUGUGCCGAACAACAAGUCGCAAAUCAGCGUUGCGAACCCAACACUCGAGCCGAAGAAGUACGGACUCGACUUCUGGGAGAGCUUGACGGGCGAGCUGGUUACCGUCAAGAAGGCGAGGGCGCUCACAAAGCCCAACCAGUAUGGCGACACCUGGGUUGCUGGAAGCUGGAAGGUUACUGGAACCAACGAUCGUGACGGUCUGACCACGACCGAUAAGGAUGCCAACCCAGAAGCUAUCAUCGUCGGUUCACCGCUCGAUGGUACCAAGAACCCUACCGAGACUCGUAUGGGCGACAGUCUCGGGGAGAUCACCGGUGUGGUCACCUACGCGUUCGGUUUCUACCGUAUCUUGCCUUCUACUGCUCUGAAGGUGACUGAUUCGAAGAAGCCCUUGACGCCCAAGCCCACAAAACUCGAGUCCAAGAACGACUGCGGUGGUAUCACCUUCGGCGCAUACAAUGUUGAGAACUUGGCGCCAACUUCCUCCCACCUUUCUCACGUCGCCGAGCAGAUUGUCGAUUACCUGAAGAGCCCGGAUGUGGUCUUCAUCCAGGAAGUGCAGGACGAUAACGGCGUUACGAACGAUGCAGUCGUAUCCGCAAAUCUUACCUUGAGUACUCUCACCAAGGCUAUUAGCGCCGCCGGAGGUCCGAAUUACACCUUCAUCGAUAUUGCGCCGGUUGACGACCAAGACGGGGGUGCGCCUGGUGGUAACAUCCGAGUCGCUUAUCUGUACAAGCCUUCGCUUGUUCGCCUCUACAAGCCCAACCCAGGUGGUUCUCUCGACAAGACCGAGGUCGUCAAAGGUCCUGCUCUUAGCUUCAACCCAGGUCGUAUUGAGCCGGCGAGCGAAGCAUGGACAGCGAGUCGUAAGCCUCUUGUUGCGCAGUGGGAAGUCAUUGGUAAGAAGGGCAAGAGCUCCGGUAAUUUCUUUACCAUCAAUGUUCACUUCGGAUCGAAGGGAGGAAGCAGCAGCAUCAUGGGCGAUGCACGCCCUCCUGUGAACGGAGGCGUCGAUGACAGGUUGGAACAGGCUACGCUGACCGCAAACUUCGUCAAGGAAAUCCUUAGCAAGGACAAGAACGCCCGCAUCAUUACAGCUGGCGACUUCAACGAAUUUACCUUCGUUGAGCCACUGAAGCAGUACGUCCAGAUCUCUGGACUGAAGGACAUGGAUGCCGUAGCUGGCAUUGACAAGUUGGAGCGCUACACGUACCUCUUCGACAUGAACGCUCAGCAGCUCGACCACAUGUUCGUCUCACCCAGCCUGAUCAGCAAGGCCAAGUACGAGCAUGUCCACCUCACCACGUGGGUUUCGUACGACGAGCAAGUCUCCGACCACGACCCAAGUGUCGCCAGAAUGGAUGUUUGUGUAUAGGUGGUGUAGGGCUAGAAGGCGCACUGGAAAUACAGCAUACGCCACUGUUCAACAGCAGCAUAUAAUAAUAACAACACGCAUUGACGAAAGAAACAUCCAAAUCCACGAAUAUUGAUGGACGCCUUUCCACAUGCUAAAAGCAAAGCACGUCCGCAUGUGCAUGCCCCUGCAUCGAACACGUCCUCAACGGCAUCCUUCGUGUUCUCCCACAGCAACCACACAACCUCGCAAGAUUGCGGCACAGUCAGACCCUUUUAACCCAGAGACAAUGCACACGGAUGGACCUUUGUGUCGGGUUUAGUCAUCUCGGAACAAGACAGAAGCU